CUCCAGCCGAGAAUCAAGCAGGAGAAUCUCUUUCUGUGAGGCAACAACGCAACCGCUGUACCACUGCAGUUAGAAAAUUGUAGUGCAUAUAAUACUGUUUUCUUGUCUUUUUUGGAGCUUGACAAAGGAAGGAAGGAAAGGAAGGAAGGAUAUAGUGCCUAAAAUUAAUCUUCUUCUCUGUCAUCUACAACGGAGACACAGUCCUUUGUUAAAAUAUGGAUUUCCUUAAAGCUGUCAUUGUUGAAUAUUUUCUUAUACAAGUUUUGAUCCAAGACAGUAAAACUUGGGAAGUAGACCUGCCACAAAAAGUAAUUGGAAUUCAAGAUUCAUGCGUUGUGAUUCCUUGCACAUUUAACUACCCUGGUGUGGAGAAGCAGUCCAAUGACAUUACUAUAAUCUGGUAUAAAUACAAUGGAAAUUCACAAUAUACUGAAAUUUACCAUAAGAAGAAGAAUUUGAAUGCACUGGCUGACAAAUAUAUUUUGGUUGGAGAUUCAAGAAAGAAGGAUUGUUCCUUGAAGAUUACAAAUCUCCAGAAGACAGAUGAAGGCUAUUAUCAUCUCCGGGUUGAAAUUGCACAAUUGGAUGCUUUUUCAUUUAUUACACAGGCUGCAUAUGUAUCUGUCAGUGGUAAGAAUUUAUCACAUUCAAGUUUUAAACAAUUGUCAUAAAAUAUCAUUUUAAAUUUAUAUUAAUUAUUCAAAAGAAUGUGAAGGCUGGAAAUGGACAAAAUUUUCUCUUGAAUUAUUUGAGAGUUUAUAAAUAAUUUGAAAAUAUCAGGUUUCAAAGUUCCACAGCCUACUACAUGACAACCUCUUACAUAAUCUCUAAAUUUAUAUAUAAAAUUCAAUUUACACAAAAUCUACCCAACUUUUUUAUUGGUGUAUAAGCCAAAAUAAUUAAAUGUACAAGAAACCAAAUUGUCUUUGUUUAUUCAUAGUAAUCAUAAUAAUAAUAACAUUUGUGAAAUAUAUUCACUCCAAGCCUUACUAUGUAUAAAAACUAUCCCCUGAAUUCAAUACACUAUGUGUAGGUUCUGCUCAGGCCCUGCACAGAGUGUUUUUUCAUGGAUGCAAAAUUGUUCAUUGCAUGGCAUCGCACUAUGCAUAUUAAUGAUGUGCAGCAUGCGUAAGCAAGGUUUUGCAACCACAACAGUGUUUCUGGCCAUGAAACCUGUAAUAUGAAUGUGGAUUGUACCUCCCAACCUUUUAGUGCAAGAAAUCUGGACAAAGACUAAAGUAAUGAGGGGGCAAAGGGCCAAAAAUAGGGAGGGAUUUACCAUAUUGUUCUUAUAAAUGUAGAAAGUAGGUAGAAUCAUGGGAUUUGUGUUCGCAUGCAUUUUAUGAAGGAUAUGAAGUACGAAACUGAAAUGUAUGUCAUUAUGUAUUGACUUCAAUCACCAGUG